CCCAGGCCAGCAUUCAUCUGCUUCCCACCUCUGCCCUGCAUCAUUACAUCCAGAGGACACAGCCUGCCUCACCAGCAGACCCAGGGACCAAGAGAAAAGAGUGGCAGGCUCUCCUGCGGGGCACAGCUGAGGCAUCAGCAUGGCAGAAGACUUAGAAGAUCUCAAAGAUCUGAAGCCCACCGAGAGGAAGUCCGUCUGGAGGACGGCGGAGGAGAGGCGGAUGUCCGACCUCACCCGGGUGCUGGAGUGGCUGGAGAGGAGGCAGGGCAAGAAGAAGCGUGCCCUCCAGGUGUGUACGAUGGAAGAAAUUGCUGCGAGACUGUAUGCAAGAUUAUUAAAAGGAGAAAGAAUUGGAAUUCGACACCCCCGAGCAAAGGGGGAUCAUUUUUUAAAUACUUGGAAAAAGAACCAAGAGGCGAACCGUGUAGAAGAGAGAGCAAAGAAAGGCCUGGGCGCUAAGAAGAAGCAGGACAAAGAUGGCCGUAAGGUGACCUUCAACAAGGCUGCUGAGCAUAACGUACCUCAUGGCUCCAAGAAUCAAGAUCCAAAUGCCAGUAAGAAGUUCGUCAGUGGUUACCGCAAAGGGUAUGGAACAGACUUUAAAGGCAAGCGUUUAAGCAUGCUGUCCUCCGACUUCAGCAGGGAUGGCCUUAAGAAGUCUGGCACAUUUGGAGCCGGAAGAGGAUCAGAGAGUGCAGACUUAGACAUCAAGGAUGUCAUAGCCCUGGAAACCAGCACUCGGGUCAACCCGUUCCGUAGACAAAGCUCCAUAGAUCCCGUACUUCAGGAAACUAUGUUUGGCACACGGAGGGUAGGCCUGAGAGACUGGACAAGCAAGGCUCCCGACUCCUACGACCGCAAGCUGAAGAGCCUCAUGGAGAAGGGCACAGAGCCCAAGAUGGAGACAGCUAGGAUGCUGAAGCCAGAGGAGGUGCUGAGCUGCCGGUACCUGCGUUUGUCCAAGAACAACAUCAAGACCUUGAUCAAACUGUGCAAGGACGCAGGGAUGGAUGUGGACAUCCACCCACACAUGGUGGAGUCCGAGAUAGACUCCAAGAAGAUAUUCGAUCAUCGUUUCAGCACGGCGCUCUAACCGCACUGCCCAGCGGAGCCUCGCCCCAUGCGGACAGAGCACCCCGCCGACUAGCUUCUCUCUAAACCGCACCAGGCCAACAAGUCAAGCGCAUCAUCACUA